AUGGCGACGCCAGCUCCCGCGGGCCACAGGCGCAACAAGUCGUCGUCGGUGCUCAAGUCUAUUAUUGUACCAAAGAACCACAAGCGUUCGCCUUCUGAUGGCACCGCGCUAAACAGCAAUCAGCCCGGUAGUCGACCAUACAAUCCGGCUGGGUUUGUCAACGCUGGGGCGCCGUUGCUGCCGCCAGACCACCCGCAUAGCCAGCUGCGCGUUGCAAAUCGAAUGCAGAAUAUUCCUACAAACGCGCCAUCGUCGCCUCGCAAGUCACAGGACAGCAAGGCUACUAGCCCGACCAAGAGCCUGCACAAGAAGACGCUGAGCUCAGUCUCGCUGCGAUCACUGGGCAAAGACAAGGAGAAGGAGAGGACGAAGGAGAGCAAGUCAAGGGAGCCAAGCAGGACGCGAGAGGGGGAGAUGGCCAAAAGCCCGAAGAAGACAAAGUCGUCGACCAACCUGGCUGGUCUGUUUGGCAAGGGUAAACAGUCCAAGGAUGAGAAAAGCACACCAGGGCGAGAUAAGGAGAACACCACGCCGCCCAGCUCUUCGAAUGCCCCCGCUCCGGUACAUACUCCCAUCUGGGCUCAGUUCAGCUCGCAGCCGCUGCAGGAAAUCACCACGACAAGCAAGGUCCCACUGAACGACCAGCGCCGGAGCAUCGAGGAAGAAAUCGCCCUUUAUACGCCCCAGGACUACUCGCCUUCAAAGCAGCGCAACUUCUUCGACUACGGCCAGCCCUCACUGCAGAAGAAGGGACCCGCGAAAGAGCGCCCGAAGUCCUUCAUUGGCGGGCACGGUUCCUCCACGACGUCGUUACUCGAUACAUUCACUCGUAAGAGGAGCGAGGACCGAGUACCGCUCGGAGAUACAAGGGGCAAUGGGGGGAGGCUGAAGGAGAGUGAUUCAUCCAAGAGCAUCACUACACGGGGCAUGGCGAGGCGCUCGAGCUCCGAGAGCAAUAGAAAGGACAACAGCCCGAAGAAGGCGGCAGAUUCGCCCAAAAAGCCUAGUAGAGUUAUGGCCGCGGUCGCCGCGUUCAACGGCAAGUCGAAGCAGACGCAUUCCGGCAGAACUCCUACGACGUCUCCUACCAAGCUCGACCCGAAGGUGAUUGAUGCUGAGUUUGAAGCGGUUUUAGAGUCAAGAAAUAUUCCUACCCACCAACGCGCCCAGAUGCGCACACUCAAACUCGAAGUCAAAGCCGAUUUCGUACGGACACAUAAGUUGGAUACACCUCAAGGAUCGCGAGCACCAUCUGCACGCUCUACAAUUGCAGGGACCGCCGGUAAGCAAGCGAGCAAACCGGUGAUGACAAGAUCUUCGAAGUCUCGAGAUGGCUCUGCGGAGGAAGAGAAGGUGCCAUUGCAGACAGCCACAUCGGGAGGCUCGAAGCGGGAGCGCCCGCGGAGCAGGACAUUCACCUUUAGCAAGGGCGAUUCUCCUAUAAAGAAGCAGAAGGGCGACGCUGCAUCCUCGAGGGCUAGCCCGAUCCCGAAGUCCCCGUCCUCGCGAUCGUUGGCUUCGAACUCCUCGCAGAGGUCAGUGUCGAAGGGCGCGAAGUCGGUAUCACCAAACGAGUUCAUAUCCUACUUGAGGAAGACUCCGAAGCCGCAAGAUGUGGAAGUCGGAAAGCUGCAUAAGCUUCGCCUGCUGCUUCGAAACGAGACUGUGGAAUGGGUCGAUAACUUUAUCCAGACCGGCGGAAUGACGGAGCUAAUUGUUGUGCUCCACCGCGUGAUGGAAGUUGAAUGGCGCGAAGAUCAUGAGGACACCCUACUCCACGAGCUGCUUCGAUGCCUCAAGGGGCUCUGCACCACCGAUUCCGCCCUUAAGCAGCUCGCGGAGGUAGCAUCUACUCUUUUCCCAGCACUGCUUGCCAUGCUGUUCGACGAGGAACACAAGGGGCCGAGCGAGUUCACUACUCGCGAGCUUAUCAUCCAGAUCAUUUUUGCCCACAUUUCCACCGCACCCGAAUCAGAGCUCCACUCUCGUGCGAUGGAGCUGCUGAAGUACCUCAAGGACCCAAUCAAGGAGAAGGAGUCCUCCACCGUCCCAUUUAUCCUCCAGAUGCACCAGCCUCGCCCGUACCAGGUUUGGUGCAAGGAAAUCACGAACGUCACGAAAGAAGUAUUCUGGAUCUUCAUACACCACCUUAAUGUCAUCCCUCUUCCACCCGCCUCUGACACCGCUCCCCAGCCCUAUUCGAAGGCCUACUUCCCCGGCCCCCGCGCCAUCGUACCAGCAGCUCCCUACGUCGGCGGUGUGGAAUGGGACGCGACCAACUACAUCGCCACACAUCUUGACCUUCUCAAUGGUCUCCUCGCAUCCCUCCCCACCCGCGAAGCCCGUAACACCUUCCGCUCCGAACUCAAAAUCUCGGGCUUCGAAAAGGUCAUGGGUCACCUGCGCACUUGCAAUCCUAAGUACUACGGUGCCGUGCACGAUGCGGCCAAAGUGUGGAUUGCAGCGGCGCUAGAAGAUGGCUGGGAUGUCAAGCCUGUACGGAUGGGUCCGUCGGACGGGAAACUGCCGCCUAGUCCGGUUAAGAUGAGCCCGAAGAAGAAGGCGGAGAAAGCGCCGCAGAUUCAGGCCCCGAAGAUGGAUUUGGGGCUUGGACUGGGUGUCGAUUUGGGUUUUGAGAAGGAGGUGGGUGGUAAUGCGGGGAAGGACGAUGACUGGAUUUGA